CGGCGCACCGCACAUUAUCCUAUCGGGCACCGCGCAUAUGUUCCUAAUCGCGCGUCGCGUUUGUGUACUCUUUGCUUUUAUUAUUUUAUAUUUAUUCGUUUAUUAUUAUUAUUUAUAUUGGUUUUUUCACACACACACACACACACACACACACACACACACCCAUACACAGUACACACUUCAGACGCAAUCACGCGCGCGCGCACACCCCACAGAUACCCUUCUUCACUCCCGAACGUGUUUUCUUCUUUUUUUCCUUCAUUCUUUCACUGAUUAUAAUUAAAUCCGUUUGUUAGUCGUACGCUUUUUUUUUUUUUGUUUUUUUUUUCCGUCCGAUCAUAAUAUUUAUUUAUACAUUUUUUUCACACACACACACACACACAUACACACACACACACACACACUCGCAUAACACACGCACAUCAUUUCGUCGUGUACGCCCGCCGCCGUAUUUGCCAUAAUAUCUUAUUAUUAGGACAUUAGGUACAAUACCGUCGAUUUAUUAUUUUCUACUAUCGCGUUUUGCACGCAGAAGCAGAACGCUCAGUUCCCUCGCGCGUGCCGCGACUGACAGACAUCGUUGCACUCAACACCACAGAAAAGUCUGAAAGACGACACACACGCUUCACUGCCGCCAGUUUCUUCUUCUCUUCUACUUUUUCUUCUUCUUCUACUAUCACUUUUCACCGCUGUCGCUAUCGGUCUUCGCCGCCGCCGCUGUUCGAUUUUAACAUCGCUGGCCGAUUGCUGCAAGUUUCGACGAGAUGACCGACACCAACGCCGACCGUUUCGUGUGAACACGUCCGGAGUCCGGUCGUACGAGAGCUGACCAGCGGGGACUUGGAGGCAGACGGCUUUCGAAAGAGCUUUCCAGGCUAAACACAAUAUUUUUACAAAGUUUCCUUUGUAUAUUCUCAUCCUUCUUUCCUGCAUUACUGCCAAACUAUUAUGUCACAAAUGAAACGAGGCCGCAAGAUAACGUAUACUAGCAUUGAGGAGAGAUACCAACACUUGGAACUGUCUACUUUGCAACAACAAACAUAUAGAUAUAAUAACCACAACGUGGCGGAUAAACGUGUUGGAUCUACUAUGGUGCCAAACCGAAUAUUUGUCGGUGGUUUAUCCAGUGGCACUUCAGAACAAGAAUUGCGAAAUUUCUUUUCAAUUUAUGGAGAGGUUAAAGUUGUAAAAAUUGUCAAAGAUAAAGCUGGUGCUCUUAAAGGAUUUGGUUUUAUUACUUUUGGCUCUGACGAAGAAGUUAAAAAAAUUAUUGAUGCUGGGCCCGUUCUGAUGUUUAAAGACAAACGUAUCAACAUAGCUCCUGCUUAUGAGAAAGAUACCAAAAGCAAUUAUGAUUCUAACAACUCUCCUCAACAACAAUCACACUUAAUGUCAUAUAGUAGUCAAGUUCAGCAGUAUUCAGUUCCUCCAUUGCCAACUCCGGCUCAACCAAUGUUAGCACCAGUUAUGUAUACUUAUCAAAAUGGAAUGGCUUUUUUUAAUAUGCCAAUGAAUGGGAAUACUUCUGUAACACCUCAACCUCCUGGUCAACAAAACUCGUCAUCGACAGAAUCCCUCCCUAAUGUAUAUGCAGCUCCUUAUGGAACACAAAGUGCUACUAGCAUGCAAGGUUAUAGUGGUCAACCUAUAUUCUAUCCAAAUCCAGUACCUCAAGUUCUGGUACAACAAGCUUACCCUAACUUACCAGUGAGCUCGGUUUGUAACAGUACUCAAGGAUCAAAGGUUCUUUUUUCAAUGCCUUGUGAUACACCAUAUUAUCCGGGAACUCAAAUGUCUAGUAUGGUACCUACUCCUGAUAUGGCCUAUCCAAUGCCAAUCAUGUCACCAUAUAUGCCUUAUAUGGUUGCAACUUCUGAUGGUGGUUAUCCGUAUUACGAUCCAGUCAUGGAAAAUAUUCAACUUGUUCAUCAACCAGUAUUUACUGAACAGUGCGCAAAUCCUAGGCCACCUUCAUCAGAUGCUUCGGUAGGACAAGCGCAAGUAAUUACCACAAAUCAGUUUGUAUCACUGAUGUCCGUAGUUAGAAAUGACGAGGAAAAACCUCCGACAUAUACACCUGAACCUCAGCAGUUACACCUAACUCCGGUCAUAAGUUUAGCAGAGCCUCCUCCACAAACAGUCUCUCAACCAAUUGUUUCUAAGCCUACCACAUCGUCUACACCGGAUCCUGAAAAAUCUGACCAAUCACCCAAUCAAUUACUUAUGACCCAAAUUCAGUAUAAUAUUAGACAUCCCCCACCUUCCAUAAAUAUGCGUCCAGAACAAAAGGACUGUGCUAAGCAACGUGGUGACGCUCAUCAAUAUCAGGGCAACAACAAUAAUUUAUCUAUUAAGAAUAACAACGACUACAUGAAAAAUGGACCCAAAAAGUAUUUGGAGGCUCGCACAUUUUAUAAAACUGGGCCAACUACUAUAUCUCAUCCCAGACAUACUAAUACUACUGGUCCUAUGGUCAACUCAUCUUUUACCAGCCCAUUUUUUGUUCCUAAUUCAAAUUUCCGUCACCGAUUUCCUAAAAUGCACUAUCCUGCUGUUCCUCAGGUGAUGUUAAAUCCAAAUUAUCCUUAUCACAAUCAGGGAAACGUACGCCCCUCUAAUGGUCAUCAGAUGUUCAACAACAGAGGAGCCAGGUAUGGCGGCAACAACUACCAAAGCAACAAGAAAAACUACAGUUCUUACAAGGGAAACAGAAUCAAUCGAUACACAUCUGACCAAGGUGAUACUCCUGAAGUUUCAAGCAGUGAAGAUAGUCGUACAGAGCAGAUAACUAGUGUUGAUAUGGGCCCCCCUCAGGUAGAAGGCAUGUGUUCGGACAUGAGGUCAAUGGCCAUUUAAAAAUAAAACAAAAUUGCCGCUUUCUUAUAUGAUCAAAGUUAAAUAGCUCCAACAAGACUGGCCAGCUCCUAAUAUUUUUGAUUUUUUAUAGUAUUAUUUAACUUAAUUCCCCCUCCUCAAAAUCCAAAAAUGGCAACGAUCUUGGUCGAUAAAAAAAAUAUAUUUAUAUUUAUACUUGCAAAAUAUUUUGCCCUCUGUGUUCAAAAUUGUUAUUUAUUGAUAAUUCAUAAACACUUAAAAUAGUAGGUAGAUAUACAAAUUGUGGCGACCCUUUAUGACAAAAAAAGGCUGUUUUACUGUGAUAAAAAAUUAUUUAAAGAAAAUAAAUAUCCAUUGUUAAGGCACCUUAAGUACUUAAUCCAAAAGUCUUAAUGAUUUUUGCUCAAUAGUGCUCGAAAGAAAUUUAGGUCUUAUAUAUCAUAUGUAUAUAUAUAAAUAUAUUUAUAUAUAUUAUAUGUAUUUUAUAUAUUUUAUCAUUGUUAACAUGUACUAUUAAUGCCGAAUGUUAUAGAUAAAUAACAAUAAAUUUAUUAAGGACACAAAAUACAUUUACAUUCUUAAAUGUAAAAUAAAACAGUUGAAAUAAAUAUAUUAAAUUAAAUUAAUGUUUAGUAAUAUGUAGUCUAAUACAAUAUUAAUAUAUUCACUAUUUACAAAAAACAAAGGACACCAUAAAUACUAAAUAUGGUAGGGAACAUUGUACAUGUGUUGUCAUCAGUUGGUUAGUGUUAACAUGAAAAACACUAAAGCAUUAAAAAAUACUUGGUAAUAGUAACUCUAUAUAAAUGAUUUUUAUUUUGUUUAGUGUUAAAUUUUAUCGAUUGUGCAAUACUUAUUUAAUGUGUUAUAUUUUUUUAUACAAUAUAACUUUAAAUUAUUCAAUAUUUUAUUGUCUUACUGAAUCAUUUUUAAAUUAAAAUUUAAUUUUGAAUUUAUUAGACUUGCAAUGAUAAUGUUUGACACUUACUCAAAAAUAUAAUACAGUUAAAUAUAAAUAUGAUUUCUAUUAUGCGUUACGAAAAUGUGUUUUGGACAUAUAGUUUAAAACAAAAUAUUUCUAUCAUAGAGUUACUAAUUACUUAUUUUAAAGCUAUACAAGUGUUCAUUGUUCAGUUCUUCAAUCUACCUUUAUUUAUGCGGUGUAAAAUCAGUCUGAAUCAAAUCUGAAAAUUAUUUAUUACAGUUUAUUUAAUUUUGAAGUUCUGAUUUCAAGGCUAGUAUUUUUUCUAAAUUAAUAUGAUUUAAUUUCUCAAAUAUUAAUCAAUACCAAAUUUUAAACCUGAAUUACCCAAAUAAAAUCUUAAGAUUGUAUGUUAUUUUAAUUUUAAAGUUCAAUAUGAUAAAGUACUGCUGUAAAUGUAAUACUAUAUAUAUUCUAAGAUGACAAUGAUGAAAUGCAACACAAAUGACUGAAAGUUAUUUUGUUUUAACAUAUUAUGUGAACAACAGUAGUUUUAUUGUGAGCCUUUGAGAUUCUCGCUACUGCCAACUGAAACUUUGUUAAAAUAAAUUUAUAAUUAUUAGUGGCAGGAGGGAGG